UUGUAAAGUUCAUAUUAGGUUAUCAGAGUUUGAUAAAUAUAUCAAAUGUUUUUAUUAACAAAUAGACUUUGUAUUGUUUCUUUUGUAUGAAUUUUUGCAGCUUAAAGAAAUAUGAGUAAUUUAUUUUUAAAAACGUGUUUUUAUGGCGUUUCACGAAGUCUGCGUGGAAAAUACGUGCAAUUUUUACGAGAUUUCACGCACAAUCUACAUGGGAAUAUCUACUCUAUCGCUACAGUACCUUGCAGAAAAUUUGCAGGCAAAAUGAAUAAGAACCUUCUAAAUGGAAAUUUAUGGGACACAGAUCCUGAAUUAUUUGAAAUUAUUAAAAAUGAAAAGCAUCGGCAGCAGAGUGGUCUUGAGAUGAUUGCAUCAGAAAACUUUACAUCUAUUCCCGUUCUUCAAUGUUUAAGCUCAUGUCUUCAUAAUAAAUAUUCUGAGGGCAUGCCAAAUCAAAGGUAUUAUGGAGGGAAUGAAUACAUUGAUGAGGUAGAAAUCUUAGCCCAAAAGCGAGCCUUGGAAGCUUACAGGUUAAAUCCAGAGGAGUGGGGAGUUAAUGUGCAACCUUACUCCGGUUCACCAGCAAACUUUGCUGUAUAUACAGGAAUAGUUGAACCACAUGGACGUAUCAUGGGCUUGGACCUCCCAGAUGGUGGGCAUCUCACCCAUGGUUUCUUUACAGCCACUAAAAAGAUUUCUGCCACUUCCAUAUUCUUUGAAAGCAUGCCUUACAAAGUUGAUCCUAAAACAGGAUUGAUUGACUAUGACGAGCUAGCCCAAACUGCUAAAUUAUUCAAACCUCGCUUAAUAAUUGCUGGUAUAAGUUGUUAUUCAAGAUGCUUAGAUUAUAAGAGAUUCAGAGAGAUUGCCAAUGAAAAUGGAGCAUAUUUAAUGGGAGACAUGGCACACAUAUCUGGUCUUGUUGCUGCAGGUAAAUAAAACAUGGUUUUUGUA